GACUACCCGCCGGCUGUGAUGUGAUUUUUAGUACCCGGUGUUUCGGUUUAACGAGCGACCCUCUUAACAGGCAACCUUCUGCCGGAUGUGUCUGCUAGUUUGUUGCAGUUACGACAGGCCGGGAAAAUAUUAAAACAUACGCAUUUGGCUCAAGGUCACCAGUUAACAUGGUCGCACGUUAAACCGUAACACGGGCCCGUUCUACUGUGUGCUGACCGAGAAGGUAACCUGAAAAGCUCUUCGGCGUUUAGCCGCCUAAAUACUAUAAACAGUGUAACCCCAGCUAACUGUGUGUGCUAUACUGUAUACUGGAUUAGGAUCUCAGACAUGGACAACAGCAGAAAGAAGUGGCGACGGACUACGGUCAUCUCACCCACAACUCCUCAGGGGAGACGUGCCAGCUCGGGAACACCCCUCGGCUGGAAUAUGUCACCGAAUGAAGAUUCAAACACUUUGACUCUUUGUGACUCUCCAGGACCUGACGGUCUCAGGGCACUGAGUCUGGACACUCCCAAGAGAAAAGCAGCGGUGCUUGGUGAAAGCACGCCCUCUUUAGGCAAAGCUAAACUGAGGAAGCUUUCCAGGAAAAUGUCUAAAAAAAUAAUAUCUCCAGAGGACAGACCUAUGGACAACUCCUCCAAGCAGCUGGACUCCACAGAGAGUCAGACAGCGUCACCGCCUCCAGCUCACUCUUUUGUCUCCAAAAAGAAACAGAGGACACCUGAGGAGGGAUCAAAGGCUAUCUACAAGAGGGCACUGAUUGCAGCGCUUGACAGCACGAAAACAAGACGCAGCACAACUAAUACCCCCAAGACUUGCACUAAGAGCCGACCAUCGCCAUGUGAAUCUUCACCAGUGAAGACUGAAGGGCAGCCCAGCCCCGUGUCACUUGGCAGAACAGUCGUGUCUAUUGAAUCUCCUUCAACCACACAUGAGGAUAAAUCUGAGGACAGGAGCACCGACCAGGAAGAUGAGUUGUCCUCCUCUUGGAUAACAGAGGACGCAGAUUGUGACCACUCGGAGCCAGAAACAGACAGAAGGAGUGUCGUCAUAAAAGGAGAAGAUUCACCUGAGAGGUUUGUCGCCCGGGACCCCGUGUUUGUAAGGACAACCUCCCAAGACGAGUCCUUUUCUCCAGAGGAUGAAGUGGAAGCUGAGGAGCUGAUCUUGUCCCUCCCAGAGCUGGAGCCUAUGCCGGAUUCUUUCACUUUUUUCAGUCAGAGUCCUCCAGUGAACACCCAGGGACCUGCCCCGCUUACCUUUUCAUCCCCUAGUGAAACCGCUUGGGCCGUCCAGGGAGCGGUUGGGAGUCCAGAGAUGCCACAGAGAAACGUUUUUGUCUCAUUCAAGCAGCCAAACACGACCCCUUCAGAGGCAUCCAGUGCUAAGACUGAGAAUUUUUGCUGCUCCGACAACAUGGAGCAUCUGUCGGACCCCUUUGCUCUGCCGCUACACUCGACUCGAGGCAAAUUCAACCCUCGCUUGAACUCCACAACCCCACACAGACGCUCAGAUUCUGGUACUUCCAUGCGUCACCACCUCUACUCCUCUGCUCAUAGAGGCACAGCUAGAAGAAGAUUAUCCGUGGGAGCAGAACCUCUGUGGACGAGUUACCCCCACCUGGAGAGUUCGGUUGGUUUCAUAGACACACACUGCCAUCUAGACAUGCUGUAUGGAAAGCUCGGCUUCCGCGGGACGUUCGGCAGAUUUCGAAGUAUGUACCGCGGCAGCUUUCCUUCAGAGUUCAGAGGCUGCAUCGCCAACUUCUGCAACCCAGUAGCCAUGAUUAAGGAAGCCCUGUGGGAAGGUUUGCUGGCUGAAGACAUGGUGUGGGGGGCAUUUGGGUGCCACCCCCACUUCGCCAAAUACUACUCAAGUGUGCAUGAACGCAGCAUACUGAUGGCCAUGCGGCACCCAAAAGCCGUGGCAUUCGGUGAGAUCGGCCUGGACUACUCCCACAAAAACUCCACAAACACCGCCAGACAAAAAGAAGUGUUUGAGCGUCAGCUGCGUUUGGCCGUAGCCAUGCAGAAGCCUCUGGUGAUCCACUGCAGGGAUGCAGAUCAUGAUCUGCUGGAAAUCAUGAGGAAGUGGGUCCCUGGUGAUUACAAAAUUCACAGGCACUGUUUCACAAACAGUUAUCGAGUGAUUGAGCCCUUCCUGACCGAGUUCCCCAACUUAUAUGUGGGCUUCACAGCCCUGAUCACUUACCCCAGUGCCACCGAGGUGCGAGAUGCUGUCCGCAAGAUUCCUCUAAACCGCAUCGUGUUGGAGACGGACGCACCGUAUUUCCUGCCCAGACAGGUGAAUAAAGACGUCUGCCCCUUUUCACAUCCUGGAAUGGGCAUCCACACGCUGAGGGAGCUGAGCAUGCUGAAGCGCGAGGACAUGCACACGGUUCUCACCACCAUCCGACACAACACCACUCAACUCUACGGCAUAUAAAGCUUCAGAGAUCAUUGAUCAAACACAGUUUUAUGUGGCCUUUUUGUUUUAGAUGUGUAGAGGUGUUGGAAUACAGAGGAGCAGUCUCAUUUUAAAACAACCUGAUGUUAAACUGAACCGAAGGCCGAGAAACAAAUGCCUGAAUUGAUGAUGUCUCUUGUCUGACAGAGAUAAUGUAUAUCAUUGUUUAUGUGAUUAUAUUUUAUAUCAUUGUUCAUCAUAGAAAUUAUUGAAGCAUUUUUGGUUUGAAGCUGUUUUUUUAUGUGUUAAUUAAUUAACUUGAUAUCCAUUAACUUGUUCUGAUUUGUCUGGAUGGUUUGUGUUGUCUGGCCACUGUGUAUUCUGGUUUGGUUUGAUACAGCGGAGACGUAAUAAAAUCCUUUAAUCCUG